AGCUGCUGUUCCUCUUACGUCAUUCUAGGAUGCAACUUUCAGUGAGAACCCUCUUUGCAGGAAUUAUCUCCAUGCUGCUGAUCGCACACUGCAGAUUCUCAUCUGGGAGACCUUUGCACCCAAACAGAAACAAUUCCAUGUGUCAUGAUGUUCGGCCUUGCAAGCACCCUGUCUUUGAUCAAGUGCGGUGCCUGGUGUCACGUCUGAACACGUCAGCUCCGGAGCUAUUUGAGAGUUAUCUCAGAAGCCAAGGUCCCCCGUUCAGCGAGAAGAAGGAGUUGGAUGACUUUUGUGAGCCUGACCACGCGUUUUCUCCUUUCGACAGCUCAUUGGGUGACAAGGAGAGGGUGAUCAACCUGUACAAGAUCUUUGUCUUUUUUAACGCCUCCUUGGACAACAUCACAAAAGACCAGGAAAGCUUCGACGGUGAGUCCAGGGAAGACUUGCUACGGCGACUCAGAAACACCACCAACAACACCGGAGGUCUCCUGUCCAAUCUCACCUGCCUGCUCUGCUCCAAGUACAAGGUCAAUCAUGUGGACGUGACCUAUGGCAAUCAUUCCAGCACAGACAGCUUUGGGAAGAAGCAAAAAGGUUGCCAGAUACUCCGGAAAUACACAAAAGUCAUCAGCCAUGCUGCGCAAGCUUUGGGACAUUGUCGUCACAAGCAGACAUGAUGCUAAACUACCCUCCCUCGCCUGAUCCUCUUUCUCCUUUUGUUCUUCUUCCUCUUCCUCCUCCCCCUCUUCCCCCUCCCUUCCUCCUUCCAGGGCUUCUGAUACUUCUCCUGUCAUUUCAGCCUCUAGGCCACUCGCUUGUCUUGAAAUAUUUUUCCACCCAGUUUUGAGGUGGAAAUACCAGAGUAUUUAUUUGCAUCUCAGGGUUGUGUUACACACAAAAAAAUCAACCUCUCUGCCGGCUUUCCUAUUUUUAUUCCUCUUAAAACAGCCAGAGAGUCCAGCACCUUAACAAAUUAUUUAAAGGACAAUGAAAAUCAAGAAGAUUAACUUAUAUUUGCAAUA